AUGGCAGCUGCAGGUCUAUCGGCUGGGUGGCUGUGGAAGCCGUACAGGCGGAUAAGACUUCCGUGCAUUUCCACCAUCGUCAUCAUCACAACCAUCACCAUACCGCCGGAAUCUCUACGUAAUCACCUGCCUCAUUGUCAGCAGAGCUUUAUCGCAACUAGAGAAGCUGUACAAGUGACGUUUCACGGCUUUGAGAUAAGUCGAAUUUGCGGCAUCAGUUCCAUCGUAACAACUCAGUUGCCUCGUCCAAUCAUUAUUCUUGUCGAAUUUAUAUUUUAUCUCUUUCUUUCUUUCUUUCUUCCUUUCUUUCUUUCUUUCUUUCUUUCUUCUCUCAUUCUGUUCGCCAUUUCUAUUCAUAUUUUUUCUUUCUUCCAUUCUUUCCUUCCAUCAUUCUUUCUGUUAUUCAAAAUCUUUCUUUCUUUUCUACCUUCCUUCCUUCCUUCCUUCCUUCUCUCAUUUUGUUCGCUAUUUCUAUUCAUAUUUUUCUUUCUUUCUUCCAUCUUUCCUUUUGUUAUUCAAAAUCUUUCUUUCUUUCCGUCUUUCUUUCUUUCUUUGUUUCUUUUCUACCUUCCUUCUCUCAUUUUGUUCGCCAUUUCUAUCCAUAUUUUUCUUUCUUUCUUCCACUCUUUCCUUCCAUCUUUCUUUCUGUUAUUCAAAAUCUUUCUUUCUUUCUUUCUUUAUUAUUUACCAUUUUUUCUUUCUGUUUCUCCCUUCCUUUUUUUCUUUUUUCUUUCUUACUUUUCUCUUUUUGUUCACCAUUUCUUUUUUCUUACUUUCUAUUGCGUUUUAAUUGUUUAUUUCAUUCUUCACCAUUACUUUUUAUUUCUAUUAAAUUUCUUUUUUUUCUUUUUUAAAUACUUUCUUUCUUUUAACGCAUUCCUUCUUUCUUUACCGUUUCUUUCUUUCUUCUCCCUUUUCAUUCUUUCUCUCUUUAAUAUUGUCCACAUUUUCUUUCUUUUUCUUUCCUCCCUUCCUUUGUUUCUUCUGCCUUCUUUUGUUCUCUUAUAUGUUUGUUUCUUUCUCGCUUUCUUAUUCCUUUCUUUCUUCCUUCCUUUCUUUCUUUUUUCUUUCCUUUCUUUCUUUUUGUUUAAAAUUUGUUUGUUUGUUUGUUUCUUUCUUUAUUUAUUUAUUUUUUCUUUUCUUUCUUUCUUUUUGUUUAACAUUUCUUUGUUUCUUUUUUCUGUCUUUCUUUCUUUUUCUUUUCUUUCUUUAUUUUUCUUUUCUUUCUUUUUGUUUAAUAUUUCUUUCUUUCUUUCUUUCUUUCUUUCUUUCUUUCUUUCUUUCUUUCCAUUAUCCGUUUCUAUUCCAAUACAGAAAGAACAACUAAUACGUCAUCUGUGA